AUGGAGGGGGAGGAUGUAGAACGUGAACCUGACGAUUCGUCUGCUGAGUCGGACCUAGUAAAAACCGAUGAGGCUGCAGAUGGUAACCAAGGUGAGAAAGAAACUCGGCAUGAUGCCUCAGUCAAAACUAACACUGGGGAAGUAUACAAAUGUUCUGUAAAGGAGUGGGACAGUUACUAUGCCCAUCGCUCCUACGAUGGAACAGGUAGAAGAGCCUUCACGCUCAGCUCAGAACUUAUCAGUGUGUUUAAAAAGGAAAGACAGUUGGGUGAUGAACGCCUCAAGAACAAAAAGAAUUCCCGAUACAAGGGUGAAGGCAAAACACCAAGUUCUGAUGACAAUGCACACAGUUCUGAUGACAUCAUUCACACUUUUGGUGACAAGGCACACCACUCUGAUGAUGAAAUACACAAUUCUGAUGACAAACCACACAGUUCUGGUGACAAGGCACACAACUCUGAUGAUGAAAUACACAAUUCUGAUGACAAACCACACAAUUCUGGUGACAAGGAACACAAUUCUGAUGACAAGGAACACAGUGAUAAAAAGGAUUUAAUCUCUGAUGAAAAGCCAUACAUAUGUAACAAUUGUGGAGUUGCAUUCAAGUUAGAAUCAGUACUAAAUGUUCACAAGUUAGUUUGUCUUCAGAAACCUGGGACUCGAAAAAAAACGCUGUUGAGGCGAAGAAAUUCCAGAGAAUGCGUUACACAGUUACAGAACUUUCAAAAACGCAUUCUUUUUCAGUGUGUGGAAUGCAAAAACAAAUUCUUCAAGUAUGAAAACCUCUUGUGGCAUCAGUAUAAUACACAUGGAUUAGCCUCCUUUACUAAAUGCCCAGUUUGCUCUGUAAGCACGGAUAAUGGCAGCCUUCUGACACAUAUGGUACAACAUCACCCUAAAUAUCAAGUCCAACCGAGGACGGACAAGCUGACCCCUCCUGUGUACAACUAUAAGUGUAGCCAGUGUGACAAAACCUUCACAAAGGAACUCACCAUGCUGAUUCACCAACAGAAACACAUGCCCAACAAGCAGUUUGACCCGGAAAAGGGCAACCAGUGUCCUGUGUGUAAUGUGAACUUCACAACCUUCGGAAACAUGAGGCGACACUUCAAAGUCAUUCACAGUGACGAAAAGCCGUUUAUGUGUCACCUUUGUGGCAAAUCAUUUAAAACCAAUGAUACCCUGAAAUGCCAUGUGAAGAUACAUGAUCGUGAAAAACACCUCAACUUCAAGUGUAAAACCUGUGGCAAGGGUUUCUUCAGGAGUAGGCUACUAAAGGAACAUGAGACACUGCACAUUCCAGGGGCUACAACGUGCAUGUGCGACAUCUGUGGGAAGCGUUUCCGUCUCAAGCCCAACCUCAGCAAGCAUAUGAACAGUGUUCAUAACUUGGAGCGUAACCAUGCUUGUGUAACAUGUGGCAAAACCUUCAAGCUCAAGGAACAGUUAAAAAAUCAUAUGCGCUACCAUGUUAUCAAGGAAGGAAAAGUUGGAGAGGUAGGGAAUAUGUAUGGUAAGAUCUAUAAGUGUGAAACGUGUGGAAAGUUCUGCCCCUCAAGUUACGCUCUCAAGAUACACAAGACUUCCCACUCCUCAGAGAGGCCGUACACCUGUGAGCUGUGUGGACGCAGUUUCAAGGUGAAAAGUAAGAUCCAACGGCACAUAAGAACAGUUCACAACUUAACUGGCAAAACCCGGCGCCCCAGAAAACAAGUUCAAAGUAAAAAAGUUGUUACUUCACCCAAGAAGGAGAAUGCUUGGUCCGCACAGGAUGAGGAUACUAUAGCUGAGAGUAUUGUUGAAGUUAUAGUGAACAGCGAGGCUGAGCUAGUUCAGGAGAACACAAAGAUGUACUCCCUUCUUGACCACUCUUACAGACCUAGCAGCUCUGCUGCCACGGCAACAGCCACACAUUUCUCCCACAAUGAUCAGUCGGUGAUUGAGGAGGCUGUUCAGGGCAUCACCCAACUGGCUGGAGACAAUGUAGAGACAGAUUAUAUCAUACAGGGUAUUCAAGAGGUGGAGGACCAACCAGGCAUGUUCAUUGUUUCGUCAAAUGUAGCUGAUGAGGAGGGGUCGGAGCCGCAGACUUUGAGUCUCAGUGUGGACGAAGGGCCAAAGACUCUCAUAUACUACAUCACCACAGACUAGUAGUUUCUCUUUAAGAUACCUGUGUGUCUUACUUAGAGAUGUCUUAAUAACUCUUAAUAUGUCUCGCUAAGAGAUGUCUUAAUAUGUCUCGCUAGGGGAUGGUCUGGUGUCUCACUAAGAGAUGUCCUAAUAUGUCUCGCUAGGGGAUGGUCUGGUGUCUCACUAAGAGAUGGCCUAGUGUCUCACUAAGAGAUAGCCUAGUGUCUCACUAAGAGAUGGCCUAGUGUAUCACUAAGAGAUGGCCUAGUAUCUCACUAAGAGAUGGUCUAGUGUCUCACUAAGAGAUGGCCCAGUGUCUCACUAAGAGAUGGUCUAGUGUUUCACUAAGAGAUGGUGUAGUGUCUCACUAAGAGAUGGCCUAGUGUCUCACUAAGAGAUGGACUAGUAUUUCGCUAAGAGAUGGCCUAGUGUCUCACUAAGAGAUGGCCUAGUGUCUCACUAAGAGAUGGCCUAGUGUCUCGCUAAGAGAUGGCCUAGUGUCUCACUAAGAGAUGGCCUAGUGUCUCACUAAGAGAUGGCCUAGUGUCUCACUAAGAGAUGGCCUAGUGUCUCGCUAAGAGAUGGCCUAGUGUCUCGCUAAGAGAUGGCCUAGUGUCUCGCUAAGAGAUGGCCUAGUGUAUCACUAAGAGAUGGCCUAGUGUCUCACUAAGAGAUGUCCUAGUGUCUCACCAAGAGAUGGCCUAGUGUAUCACUAAGAGAUGGCCUAGUGUCUCACUAAGAGAUGGCCUAGUGUCUCACUAAGAGAUGGCCUAGUGUCUCACUAAGAGAUGGCCCAGUGUCUCAGUAAGAGAUGGCCCAGUGUCUCACUAAGAGAUGGCCUAGUGUCUCACUAAGAGAUGGCCUAGUGUCUCACUAAGAGAUGGCCUAGUGUAUCACUUAGAGAUGGCCUAGUGUCUCACAUAGAGAUGGCCUAGUGUCUCACUAAGAGAUGGCCUAGUGUCUCACUAAGAGAUGGCCUAGUGUCUCACUAAGAGAUGGUCUAGUGUCACACUAAGAGAUGGCCUAGUGUAUCACUUAGAGAUGGCCUAGUGUCUCACAUAGAGAUGGCCUAGUGUCUCAGUAAGAGAUGGCCUAGUGUCUCACUAAGAGAUGGCCUAGUGUCUCACUAAGAGAUGGCCUAGUGUCUCACUAAGAGAUGGCCUAGUGUCUCAGUAAGAGAUGGCCUAGUGUCUCACUAAGAGAUGGUCUAGUGUCACACUAAGAGAUGGCCUAGUGUAUCACUUAGAGAUGGCCUAGUGUCUCACAUAGAGAUGGCCUAGUGUCUCACUAAGAGAUGGCCUAGUGUCUCACUAAGAGAUGGCCUAGUGUAUCACUAAGAUAUGGUCUAGUGUCUCACUAAGAGAUGGUCUAGUGUCUCACUAAGAGAUGGCCUAGUGUCUCGCUAAGAGAUGGUCUAGUGUCUCACUAAGAGAUGGCCUAGUGUCUCACUUAGAGAUUGGCUAGUGUCUCACUAAGAGAUGGCCUCACGUCUUGCUGUGUUCCACCUUCACUAACUCUCUAACCUAUCUAUACCAUAUUAUCCCCAAAUUAGCUUGAUUGAUUGAUUUGAUUGAUUGAUUGAUUGAUUGCGCUACCCACCAAUAAGCUUCGUUUUUGCAUCAAUUUUAAAAAAAGUCAACACUGAGUCGCAAAUAAUCCCUGACAGCCUCAAACUUUAGUACUAAAUUGGGGAGUGACUAAUUUCAGGAUAAAAGCGGUACUAAAUUGUUACACAAGGGGAGGGGAUUUAUUUGAUAAAUACAGAGAACCUAUAUACACUGGAGAAAAUAUACGGUAAUAAACUUUUAUAAUAGGGGAGGGGGCUUAUUUGAGGAUAUAUACAAUGACAUACACAUGUAUAUACUAUAUUUAUAUAACGCAAGUAAAAUUUCAGUAGAUAUAUUUGUUAUUGUCCAUCUCAAGUGUUUAUUUUAUGUGAACUUCUAUGUACAUGUAUAUUAGAUAUGAUAUGCAUUAGGUACAACAGGGGAUCCUUAUCUGAUGGAGAUCAAUGCAACAUAUUAAAAAUCAAAGUUUAAUAGAUUAGGAAGUUUAUAUACAGACUCAACCUGAUUAAAACUACAUGUAUGCAUAUAAGUCUUGUAAUUUCCACUCCACUAUAAAACAAUACAUUGUAGAGGAGCAGAAAUUCCAAAUUCAUUUCAAUUAAUUUAUGUACUUCAAAGGUGAUUACUUUCCCGGUUUCGAUAUCUAAGCGAUGCAUGGGGGUCAUUUUUGUGAUCGACCCAUCCAUUUGCAUUUCAAGAUUGUGCAAAAUGAUAUCUGAAUAAUACACAUGGGAGAAUGUUCGCGAUCAAAAGGACUCAUGUGAUUAUAACAUAAAUUUUUCUCUCGCAUAAAUUUCCACGUUUACACGUAGGUUGACUUUAGACAUGGAUUAGUGUAAAAGUCUAUAUGUUUUACAUCAAUAACAAUAUUAAUUAACUAGGAAGUUUAUAUAUACAAAUGUAUUAUAUGUGUUUCUACCACAAUACCCUGUGUUAUUCAACUCUCAGACCAUCAGUUAAUCAUUACAGCUGUUUAUACCACACGUGGUA